AUGCAUCGCAUUGUCACCCAAUUGAUUCGCUCCUCCUCUCGACUUGCAGUUGCCUGUCCUCGGAAGCCUUCAUCUCUAAGCCUUCUGUCCCAGUCUCAGCGCGCCGGUCACCUGAACCGGCGUAAUUUCGCCAAUUCGCCAGCCCUAUACAAGAAAAAGGACAAGGCCAAGAGAGCUUCCGCUUCCACUUCCGAUCAAGAGGAAAACGCUGCUGUUUCUUUUGAAGAUCCGUUUGAUCUUUCCCAGUUACACAAUGGCAUCUCCACAGCUGUUGCGCGGCUAAAAGAUGAUCUGUCCAAACUUCGCGCCGGAGGGCGGUUCAACACCACCCUUCUAGAAAGUUUGAGGGUCCAGCUGAGCAAAGACAGUAAAGAUUCAGUCAAACUGGGGGAUUUGGCCCAGGUUGUUCCCAAGGGAGGACGCAUGGUAACGCUUUUGGCGGCCGAAGAGGAUCAUAUAAAACCGCUCACGUCGGCAAUUGUCUCCUCCAACCUCUCCUUGACCCCCCAGCCUGAUCCCCACAACGCACUCCAGCUCAACAUUCCUAUCCCACCACCCACAAAAGAAUCUCGGGACAAAAACAUCCAAGCCGCCAAGCAAGCAUAUGAAAGAGCUGCCAGUGCAGUACGUGAUAGCAGAGGUGCUAUGCACAAACGUCUUCAGGAUCUGCAAAAGAAGAAGCUAGCUCGGCCUGAUGACGUGCGCAAAGCCCAUGAUCAGAUGGAGAAGGCCACAGACCAAGGCCAAAAGGAUGUCAAGGAUGCAUUUGAAGGGGUCAGGAAGACCCUAGAACAGGCAUGA